AUGAUUAUAAGGUCAACUAUAAAUAACAUACGAAGGUCACCAAUAAGCCUAUUCAGGCCAUCGACAAUUGUUCAUUUUUUUUCCACGACAACAUCAGUUCACAAUGCAGUAGUAGCAACACCAGAUGAAUUCAUACCAACUACUGAAGAACAGGCUAAAUUCUUACAACGAACCACCGAAAAGCCGCUAUUCUCGAGAAAGACCUAUCUUAUAGAUAACUACAAACACCUCAAUGAUACCAACCAGAUUUUGUUAUUUGUUCACCAUAAUAAUUUGAACAAGGCAGAAAAUAAGCAAAUUAGACAAGAUUUAACCAAGAUUGGAGCUAGAUUGACCAUGUUGAAAAACACCCUUUAUCAAACGUAUCUCAAGUCGAGCCAUGAACAAGACCCAGCAGCUGUAGGGAUGACUCAUAGAAACAAGAAUGCCAACCAUCCCUUAUUGCCUUUAUUUGUUGGACCUACUGCCUGCAUAAGUAUACCUGAAUGUGAACCAGCUAAAGUACAACAAAUUGUGAAAUUGUUGAAAAAAAUGAAUGAGAAAUUAAUUGUUGUUGGGGCCAAGAUUGAAAAAUCGUUUAUGAAUAGGUUGCAGAUUGAUGAAUUUAAGGAUUUACCAAAUAAGGAAGGAUUACAGGGACAAUUGGUGGGAUUGUUGACCAUGUUAGGAGGGGUUGGGUUGGUUAGAACCUUGGAGACACCGGGACAUAUGGUUUAUUUGACUAUGGAACAAAGAGCUAAAGAUCUUGAUCCAAGUAAGGAAGAAUAG